UACGGCAGGUCGUAUUCCAGUCUGUGCUGGGGGAGCACACGUGAAGGAAGGAAAACUGUGUUUUUACCUGUGUUUAGCUUCAUGUCGUGAGGUUUUUAGUUUGUUUAGUUUUCCUCAGUGUGACACCGACUCUGUGUGGAGGCCGAGGCCGGGAAGAUGCUGUAUCUGAUCGGCCUGGGACUCGGAGACGCCGCCGAUAUCACGGUGAAGGGUCUGGAGGCGGUGAAGCGCUGCUCCAGGGUUUAUCUGGAGGCCUACACCUCCAUCCUGACCGUGGGCAAAGAAGCCCUGGAGGAAUACUAUGGGAAGCAGCUGAUCCUGGCUGACAGAGAUCUGGUCGAACAAGGAGCCGACGAGAUCCUGAAGGACGCAGAUGUGACUGAUGUGGCGUUCCUGGUGGUGGGCGACCCGUUCGGAGCCACCACCCACAGCGACCUGGUCCUGAGAGCAGUGCAUGCUGGGAUACCGUACAGAGUCAUCCACAACGCGUCCAUCAUGAACGCUGUGGGCUGCUGUGGUCUGCAGCUGUAUAAUUUCGGGGAGACGGUGUCGUUGGUUUUCUGGACGGAGACGUGGAAACCUGAGAGCUUCUACGACAAAAUCUGUAAAAACAGACGAGCUGGACUUCACACACUCUGUCUACUGGACAUUAAAGUCAAAGAACAAACCGUGGAAAACAUGAUGAGGGGGAAGAAGAUCUACGAGCCGCCGCGCUUCAUGACCGUGGGCCAGGCUGCAGAUCAGCUGAUCCAGAUCAUCCGGAGGCGGCGGGAGGAGGGGGAGGAGGGGGAGGAGGGGGGUCUGACCGAGGACACGGUUUGCGUGGGCGUGGCCCGGCUCGGCUCCGAGGACCAGAGGAUCCGGGCGGGGACGUUGAGUCAGCUGGUGUCAUGUGACCUGGGCGGGCCACUCCAUUCGCUGGUCGUGACGGGUCGGCUCCACCCACUGGAGCUGGAGAUGCUGCGCGUCAACGCGGAACCGGAAGCUCUGCGACACCUCGAACAGGAAGCUGGAAACUAGGAGCGGGUCCCAAUUAAAAAAUAAUUAUCUCACUAAUCUUUUUUUAUUAUUUAAAUGGACUGAAUCAAAUAACGGACACAGACGUGAACAUUGUGAACUCAUGCUCUUUUAAUGUUUAAAUGGAAAAAUGCAUUUGAUUCCAUUUCAAUUCAAAACAGUAGAAGAAGAAAUGGAAAAUAUCCCCCAAACAACUCAACAUAAAGUGCUUCUUCUUUCUUUCUCUGGUGAAACAACCAGAAAUAUAAACGGUUGUUUGAUGGGAUUAAAUCUCUUAUUCCGUAAA